GACCAAGUAAGCUGUAAUAUUGUAUACAGACCCCUCUCACGUAUACAGGAUAAGACGUGUACAGGCCUACGUGGCAACAUUCUUUCACCUUGCCUUGUCCCUCAACCUUAAGAUGCUAGAGCCUUGACACGCAGCUGGAUUCGGACCAUAGUGUUAUUCCAUCUGCCCACCAUGGCUCAACCGCUAGGGACAGAACCCAAGCCAAAGACAAGGACGUCGUCUCGCGUGUCCAGCGCACUUAAGAGCGGAGUCGUCUAUGGUGGAAGCGCUGUACUAUCAGCUGUAAAUAAUAUUACACCGCAUAUUGCUGGCGCGGUGGAUAUCUUGGUCGUUGAGCAACCCGACGGAAGCAGGAAGGCAACUCCCUUCUAUGUUCGCUUUGGUAAAUACACGGCCCUGCGUACCGGGGAGCGCAACGUCAAGCUCUAUGUCAACGACGAGCUGGCGCCGUUCGGGAUGCACAUUGGCAUGUAUGGACAGGCCUACUUCGCGACAGAGACUAUCGAGGUUACAGGAGGCGACGAGGAGGAUGCGGAGGCGCUGCUCGAGGACAUGAUGUCCCCGCCCAGCGGCUACUCCAGCGGCGCUGACGCGGACACUGCGGAGGCGGGGGAGACGCUGACGGCUGUACGGCAGCGUGUGAACGGCCUGAAGGAGGCUGUACGGAAGGGCCUUGGCAGGAACAGAAGCGGCACGGCAGGUCGUCUCAGCACGCCGCCAGCCCUGGGCAGCAGCAUGCCGAACAGUAGCGCAGCCGGCGCUGGUGCGUUCGCCGCAGCAGCACAUGAGGUGCCACCCCAACUGCAGCAACAGCUGCUGGAGCCACCGCAGCCGCUGCUGCUGUCAGCCCAGCACCUUGCCCCCCUGGAGCCCUGCCUGUCAGCAGCUGACCGCAACGAGUCCUUCCUGUCCGCACGCGAGACGCUGGCCACACCCCUCAGCGACGAGCUCGUAUCUGCAGCCGCAUCGAAUGCUGGAGGCGGCGGCGGGUCGCUGAGGCGCCUGCAGCAGCAGCAACACCAGCAGCUACUGCAUCAUGCGAUUGGCUUGGCGACUUUAGGUCCUGCAGGCGGCAGCUCCGCUAGCCUCCUAGCGGAGAGCGAAGGUGUUAGCCCGUGCGGCUGGUCCGAGGAUGAUGAUGAGGAGGGUGCUGCGGGCGCUUUGCCACGCAGCGAUGGCGGCCCAGCAGGUCCGCUGCGACCGCAGACAGCGACCCAUGGGUCAUACGGAGACACUGGUGGCUGGGGUUGCUCCCCUUGCCCGCCUGGCCCGGAAGACAGCUCAUCAUUGCCGCGGGCUGCGUCUCCGCAGCAGGAAAGCGGGUCUGCCACCGCUCCUCCUCCGUCCCUACCAGAGCAGCGGGCUAGUCAAGACCCACAACCGCAGCAACAACACUCGCAGCUGCAUGCGGCACCGCCGGGUUGGCUGCCGGGAGCUCCGGGUGUCCACGCACACCAUGCGCCGCAGCAGCCCCUGUACCAGCAGCUGGGCUUUCCGGAGAACCGCCCAAUCGCAGCAGCAGCAGCAGCGGCGGCAGCAGCGGCAGCGGCAGCGGCAGCCCCGAACUGUCCCUCCCAUGGUGUCCCUGUGGGCGGCGGCACGGAGGCAGCAGCAGCAAACGGGGCAGCGGCAGCAGCAAAGGAGGCAACAUGCGCGGGUCCAGGACGGCCACUGGCUGGGGGGCCUGAGCGGUUUGCCAGCCCGCGGGUUGAUGGUAUCAUGGGUGGGCCUUGCAGCGCACCAGCUGAAGCGCCCGUGGUGCCAACAAUAACAACAACCAGCAGGGGCCCCGCGACUGUGUCGGCUGCCGGUAUCGGUGGUAUCGGGGAAGCACAACUAGGCGGCCAUGGCCGGCAUUGUCCGCCCUCCGUGUCCCCGUCAACAGGGGACAGCCUCGCAGCCGCAGUGGCGGCAGAAAGCGCGACCCAUGGGUCAGGCUCCCACCCGGCGAUCAGCCUGCUCUCCUCCAGCCUCCGCGGGGCCAGCGCGGGUUCAGGUGCGCAUGAGCAUGUCGCGGGGGCGCCCCCAUGUGUACCCUCAUGUAGUCCGCCGGCCCUUGGAAGCAGCCCGUACGGCAGUACUGCUGCAUGCCCCAUUGCAACAGCAGCCGCGGCUGCAUCUGCACCAUAUGCGGUCGCAGCGUCAAGGACCUCGCCACCGCCCUCGGCAGUAGACGGGGCGGCCGCAGCGCAGCCUGCGUCCUGUCGCAGGGUAUCCGUAUCUAUAUGCCCCGCUCGCGAAGACAGCUCGGGCGUGCGGCUGAAGCUGUCUCUGCUGCCGCCACUGCCGCCGCCAGAGCAGCAGCAGCAGCAGCAGCAGCAGCAGCAUGCACUCGGGUUCGCGUUCGGAGCGGCUGCACCGGUAGUCGCACCGCACGCGGCUGGAGGUUGUGGCAGCGGCCCCGCGGCUGGCUUCUUCGCAUCUGCCGUGGAGCGCUCCGCUGCCUCGGCAUCCAUGCAGCCCCUUCCCCACCUUCAUAACUACCCCCACAGCCACCACCACCUCCAUCCGCACCCCCACCAUGCUCCCGUUGCCACCCCAGUUCCGCACCAUUACGCUCACCCCCACGCCCACUCCCUCACCGACGAACACCACGCCUUCCUGCACUCCUCCUCGGCGCCGGUACCCACCUCCGGAGCCAUUGAUGCCGCCGCUACUGCGGCUGCUGCUGCUGCGGCCGCAGCGGCUUCCGCUUCCGCUGCUGCGACGGCGGCGGCGGCUGCAGGAUCCCGAAGCAUCAGCCACUCCCAAGUGGCGCCUCCGUCGCCUGUGCAACCGGUACUGGAGUUCUCGCUAUGUGGUGGCAUGCUCACAGUGCAUACACCGUACUCGGAGGCGUGCGCCUGCUUCGACGCCUUUCGGUUAUCGCAGCAGGCCUUUGCUACACGCGGCGUGGCGCUGCUCGACAGCACCGGUACGGACCUUGUCGUACGGUUUAGCAACGGUGUGAUCUAUCCCUGGCAUGCCUUGACGUACAGCCUGAUCGGCCUCAUGGCGUUCGGCGUCUGGCGAGUGCCGCCGGAAACGCCCUUCUGGGCACCGUCGGGACUCGCCGCGACGCUAGCGGAGGCGCCGAUCACGCCGACGGCGGCGGCGGCGCUUCUGGCAGCGGCCUCGGCGCAGGGUACACGUGUUGCUGAGGCUGCCAAGGAGGAGGCGGAUGCGGCCGGACGAGUGAGCGGGAGCGCGAACACAACGCCUAAGAAGGGCGGCGGCACGAGCGGCAGCAGCUGGCGGAUCUGGCCGUUCGGCGGGCGUCGUGACUCCAAUGCGGCUCGUACGUCGACCACUGGAGGCGGCGGCGGCGGGGCGGCGGCGGCCCGGUCGCUGCCGCAGGGGAGCCCAGCGGCGGAGGGACAGGCUGCUGUUGUGGAGAGGAGCACUGGCGGCGGGGAUGGGGCGGUGAGCGGGAGUGUGAGCGGCGCGGGUGCAGCAGGAGGGGCAGCAGCGCUACCGGCGCCGUCGUCGUUGGAGGCCAGGAUUGCCGUGCAACAAUUACCCGACGGUGCUUUCGCUGCUGCUGCUGCUGUUGCUAGGGAGGGCUCUGGCGGCAACGGCGGAGUGGCAGCAGGAGCUUCACCAGUGUCUACGGGGGCGUAUGGUGGUGCUGCGGGGGUUGCUGCGGGAUCGGGCUCCACACCAGCCGCAACGGCACCACCGGAAGCAGUCGCAGCCGGCAGCGGUACCCGGGGCGGUGGCGGCGGCGGUCGGCGUCACACGGUCAUCACCAAGAAGAGUCUGACGCCGGGGGCGGAGCAGCUGGCGGCGCUGCCGCUCAAGCCCGGUCAGAACACCAUCGUGUACAAGAUCGGCGGCAGCGAGUUGCGCGCCUACGUGUACCUGCUGCACUGGCGCACGCGCAUCGUCAUCUCCGACAUCGACGGCACCAUCACCCGCUCCGACGUGCUGGGCCACCUGCUGCCAGCCAUGGGGCUGGACUGGUCGCACCCGGGCAUUGCGCAGCUGCUCACCAACAUUCGGCACAACAACUACCUGAUCAUGUACCUGAGCUCCCGCUCCAUCAGCCAGGCCAACAUCACCCGCGACUUCAUCAACACGCUGGUGCAGGGCCAGCACCGCAUGCCGCUGGGGCCCGUCAUCAUAUCGCCGCACGGCCUGCUGCCCUCGCUGUACAGGGAGAUGAUCCUGCGGCGGCCGCACGAGUUCAAGAUCGCGACGUUGCAGGACAUCCGCGCGAUCUUCCCGCCUUCUUGGAACCCCUUCUACGGCGGGUUCGGAAACCGCGACACCGACGAGAUCAGCUACCGGGCGGUGGGGGUGCAGCCCUCGCGCAUCUUCAUCAUCAACCCGCGCGGGGAGCUGCGGCAGCCACUGGGUCUGAUGGAGCAUGUGGGGCAGCACCACCAACACCACUCGAAGCACCACUCCAAACAUCACCACGGCAGCAGCAGCAAGAUCAAGCACCCCAAGAGCAGUGCCAGCAGCAAGGACAACGACGGUGCUAAGGAGGUAGCCACUGAAGACAACAAGGACAGUAGCCAAAGCAACGUCAUGCCAACAGAUGCCGGCAGCGAAGGCACCACUGCAACCAUGUGCCCAUCGCCCCCGGCUGAACCCGCUUCCGCCGCCUCAGCAGCCGCAGCAGAAGACGCGGGUGACACCGGCGGUGUUGACGGUGUUGUCUGCGGCCACCACCCCCUCCCCGGCGCCGAGUCCUCUUCCGGCUCCGCCUCCGGCCUCAGCGCCUGCGGCACCUUCCCGGCCUCCUCCUCCGCCGCCGCCGCCAGCCCCACCCAGGCGGCGAGUGCCGCCUCCGCCCCCCUGCUGGGUGCCAGCCCGCGCGCCUCCGAACCGCCGCUGCCGCUGCCGCCGCUGCGCAGCCCCACUGCCUCACAGCGCCCCCGGAGCGCUGUUGGCAGCACGGCGGCAGGGGGAGCUGCAGCAGCAGCGGGAGCGUGCCUGCCUGCGGCUGCGGGUGGGGCGGAUGCUGGUGGGGGUGCUGCGGGAGGAGCAGCAGCCGUGACGGGAGCUGGAGCAGGGGCUGCUGCUUCUAACCCGCAGCCGCCGCCUGUUCCUCCCACUGCGCUGUCUUCGCUGUCCGCGAUUAACGAGCUGGUGCACCACAUCUUCCCGCCGUUGCGGGAUGGCGAGGUGGUGACAGAGGAGGAGGAAGAUGGGGAGGAGGAGCAGCAGGGGGGCGAGGAUGAAGGCGACGACAUGGAGAAGGAUGCGGAGACGGAGGCGGAGGCGGGGGGUGCUGAUGGAGGCGGUGGCAGCAGCAGCGGCACCACCACUAGCAGCGGCUUUACAGAGAGCGGUGGUGGUGGUGGUGCUGGUGGGAGUAGCAGCAGCGGCCGCAGCGGCGCUUCCGAAGGACUCACCGAGGAGGGCAGUGGCGGGGGGUGUACCAGUGGCCCCAGCAGCAGCGGGGCCAGCAGCCGUCGCUCCAGCGGUGAGAGUGCGGUGAGGAAGGGAAUGGAGGGUGACGAUGACGACGCAGCCAUGCAGGGCAGACGCAAGUGCGGAGCUGGUCGGAAGGCUCUGGAUUUAGGCAGGGUGGCUGCCUCGGCAGGGGCGGCACCGGCGGCGGCGGCGGCUGUGUUACUCAGUGCUGAGGCAGCAGUAGCAGCAGCAGCGGAGGAAGCUGAGGGCUGGCGUGUUGCUGGCACACCGAGGAAGGCCGCAUGUCCUGUCAGGACCCCCACGAGCAGGGCUGAUGCUGUGGUGGUGGCGGGGACGGGGGAGGGUGGUGGUGACGGCGCGGAGACGGAGACGGAGGUGGGGGGGGAUUGCUCUCCCAAGCGAGCUGCUGCCACGUGUGGAGGGUCAGCGAAGCUUGCCGGGGGCAUGGCUGGGUGUGAGGACGAGUCGAAGGAUGCCGGGGAGGGAAGGGAGAAGGAGGAGGAGGAGGAGGAGGGGAGAGCGCAGGUGGAUAGGGUCAUGCGGGCGCGGGGCGGCUUGGAUGGGGGUGCGGCUGGUGUUGGCGAUGUUGUGGUUGGGGGUGAGGAGGCGCCAGGUGUUGUCAUGGGAACCGGCAGCCCGCAGCAGCUGGAGGCGGCAACCGCUUGCAGGGCGGUGGUGGUGGGGUCGCCCAGGGUCGCGGUGUCGCCGGUGGGGGCGGCGGAGGGAGUGGGGGUGAAGGCCGUGUCUCAAUCGGCGUAGUCGUGCUGUGUAUUUGGCGGCGGUGGUUGUGUGGAAAUGGGGGCGGUGGUGGAGGUGUGCUACCGUGCUGUGAGAGGGCUGCAAAGCGAGGAGCGAGGAGCCGGUGACGUUGUGAGACUUGUAGGGCUUGACGAUGUAGGGGGGGAUGAGGGAGAUGCAUGGAGCGAUCAUUCAUCGGCGUGAUCGUUGCUUUGGUUGUUCGUUUUUGAGGGCCUUCAUCCGCUGGUCGCCUACCUAGGCUGGCAUGAGGUAAUCAUUGGUUUGAGGGUGGCACUGGCCUCCCGGUACUCUGAUCUGCUUGGGGUCGUGUUGUUGGGCCAAGCUGUUGGGCCAAACUCACGCUAGGUGUGUUUCCUUGCAGGGUUGCAGGGGUGCGUGGCCGUAAUGCUUGGGAAAGGAGUGCUUGAGGCCGCAUGGCACGUACAACUCAAUAUACAUACCGGUACAUAACCCGCCGCGUCGCUGUAGCCGCGUGGUUGGCCUGAGGAAGGGGCUUUGUCCUGUUACUGGGGACGGGCACGUGAACUGUUUCAUAUGCACUCCUGGAGAUAGGCAACAGAGGCCGGUAUCGCUUUUUGGCUCUUCGUACGCCAUGCAUGCCUUUACCGCAUGCUUGUGUAGUCGGUGGUCGCGAGCAGAAUUGCAAACCUUGCAAGGAACAGGUACUUUGAUUGUCCGCGGCGUUGGGUAGGUGAGUGGAGGGACACAAGAGGAGGAGGAAGGAGGAGGGAUGCUGCGAGGUGGGUCGGGGCUUGAUGAUGAGGUUGGGCCUUGACGGGUGUUGUUUGGGGAGAGGCGGUUGGCAGGGGCGGGGGCAGAGGGGUGGGUACAAGUGCGUGUCGCCUCCGGCUGUUUUGCUUUUUGGGGCCGGAGUACAUGUGUAGCUGAGAAGUGAUGCGGCAUUGACAGGGAGAUAAGAGAGGGACGGAGAUGGGGAGAGAUGGCGGAAGUGGUUCGGACGUGAUGUACAGUUUUGCAGGCAGUGUCACUGAGAGGCUAGUGGAGGCUAGUGGAGGCUAGUGGAGUUUGGAGCUAUCAGGCAUGGCAGGCACGCACUGGAGGCUUUCCAUUAUGACACGUACGUAAUCGGACCGGGAGUCUAGAAGGGUGGUGGUGGUGGUGGCGGUGAUGCCGAGGAGGAGACCGGAAUGGGCUGGUAAUAUGUGGAUGGUUGGUAUGUUGCUGCUUGCGCAGCCAUACAGCAUAGUUUGUGUGUCAUGCGACCGUGUACGGUGUGCUAUUAAGGUGUUGAAACGUAAGGUGUGUGUGGUGGGGGGGUUUCUAUAUAGUAGUUGCGCAGUAGCAGUUGACGUCGCCUGCCGGUGUGUCAGUGUGUCAGUAUGUCAGUGUGUCAGUGCGUAGGGACACCUCGUAAGUCGUAACUCUUCAUGGUAUGCUAUGCUGCUAUGUUAUAUGUAUAAAUUGUUGGCUGAGUCCUUCUUAUUGACUUUUCGCUUCUCUGGUACCCUGUAUUCCCGAGCUUUGUCGAGAGAGAAAGAAUGGAGUGAGGAUUGACGCUUGUACUUGUAUCUCCUAAUGCGCUUCAUGAGAGCGGUGUUGUCGUCAACACUCGUGGCAUUGUCUGGCUACUAUACACAGCAGCUCCCAAGGUACCGUAUUACCCCAGCCAGGUGCUGUUUAGGAGUGCUGCUGCUGCAUAAGGACGUGUUGUAGUGUUCCAGACGUUUGUGAUUGCAAUGAAGGGUGGAAGCGGUGAGCCCUGCGGGUCGCCAACA